ACGGACAAGUCUUUUCAUUUCUACUUUACAAAAAAAAAUUAAUAAUCUGGAAUAUAAGUGGUCAUCCAAAACUGAACUGUGAAUCACUUGUAAAGUCACUCCCCCCUCUUUUACAACGCUUAAAUGACCGGAAGAAUGCGGCUGGUCACCAUGGCAUCGAAGGACGCCCUCGCGCACCUGCUGCACUGCGGCACCGGAAGCGCGCGCAGGCAGGAACAGGAGCGGCUGACCGGCUCAGGGAGAAGAGGAGAGGGUUUAGCAUCAACACGUUACAGCGUUAAAACUUAUAUAAAUCUGUAAAUAUAUAGAUUUAUUUUCAGCUGCUGUGCGUCAAAUGCACGGAUGAGAGACGCCGGAAACCACAGCCUAUUAAUGCAGUAACCGCUCAUCAUUAGCUAAGCCUCUUUUUUAGCAUUAUAUGCAUGCAUCAAUCAAUACAGGUACAGCAAAAUGGAGCUGGUUUUAUUUACAACCAUCUGUCCGGUGAUUUCUAACUGAGAUGGACCUCUGUUUAAAACUGCUGUAAGAGGACAAUAACAUCCCUGGGGAGAGAGAAACACGCAAAAUAAAACAUCAUGAAUCGCCUUUGUAACGUGAACAAUAAUUUCCCCUAUGAUAACAGUCUGCUGGUGUUGGACAUGGUUCUGCGGUCGCUAUGGGGAACCACACAGCCAAUCAACUGGGAGAACGUAGCCCGCUUAGUUCCUGGUUUCACUCCCAAAGAGUGUGCACGCAGGUUUGAUGAGCUGAAGAGCACAGGAAGUUUCCCUCUUGUAGAUGAACAGUGUAACGCACUCACUGGGGCCAGUGGCUCUCCAUCUGAACCGCUCUCCGCUUACAUCAGAUCCACUUUACUGGACCUCACCGGGGAGACGGGGGAGGCACGGACCAAUCAGAGCGUGCUGUCAGUGUCAGGACUGAGCGUGACUCCGGUUGUUAGAGGAGCGAGUGCUGAGACUGAGAACACUGUGAGCACAGAGGACGAAGAGAAGGAAGACACAGGAAAGAGCCCGAUCAUGGUGAUCCACGUGUGUGACGAGGCAAAGAACCUGAAGCAGGAUUUUGAGUGUCCACGUGACCUGCUGGUCAGAGAAAUGCGCUACUUCGCCGAAUACCUCUCCAUGGAUGCCCAGCGCUGGGAGGAAGUGGACAUCUCUGUGCACUGCGACGUCCAGAUCUUCGACUGGCUCAUGAACUACGUGAAGAGCAACUCGGAGGAAGACGAACUCGGGAAACACGUAGACAAGCCGACCCUGGAGCCCAGCAAUGUCAUCUCUAUCCUGAUCUCAUCCGAGUUCUUGAAGAUGGAUGCUUUAGUGGAGGAGUGUAUUCAGUACUGUCACGAGCACAUGAACGCCAUCGUCGCUACGCCAUGCAACAUGAGCUGCAUCAACAGCAACCUGGCCUCGCGCAUCGCCCUGCUGUUCACACACAGCCAGGCAGACGACAUCAAGGACAAAAAGGACAAGUUUAAAAGUAAAUUGUUCCAGAAGAAGAUCGAAAAGCUGUUUGAUCCAAGUUUUGAGAAUCAUGACUCUCCAGGAAACGCCGCUACGCUGUCCAGGUGUGGUCUUUGCCUUAAGCUUCUUACCAAAGACACAGAAAGGAAGAUAUCCUGCGUUCCGGGCAAAAUCAACAUCGACCAUCAUGGGGAUAUUGUCUACACACACAGCAGGCAAAAGGGCUGGGACGUCCAUGAGUAUCUCAACAGCCUAUAUGAAGAGCUGAAAUCGUGGGUGCUGGUUUACUGGAGGAUCUGGGGUGUCAUUAAUUAUCUUACCUGCUCAUGCUGUAAACAGGUGUUCCUGUGCUGUGAGCUGGCCCAGUGCAGGUAUCACCCUGAGGCCGUGGUGUACCCGGCCGUAGGUGCCGAUAGCAGUGAGCAUGGUGCCGGGAUCUACCCCUGCUGCAAGCAGAGAGCACUGCGGUUUGACCCAGCUGCCAUGCCCACGGGUUGUAAGAUGAGGGACCACGUGGUAAAUGCGGCAGAACCCGGGGACUGUGAAGGCAACGUGAACUCUGCGCAGAUCCGAAUACUGAAUGACCUGCUGCUCCACAGAGACGCCGUGUGCACGAGCUCCUCAGCAGCUACGGAAAGUUCUGCAGAGUCACCUAAACCGAGCGAGCCAGUGCACGACUGCGACAUCACGCUGGACCAUGCAGCCCUAAAUGUUCAUCGAGCCAGAGAAGUCACUGCUUUUUCCCUGCUGAAGAACUGGAGUCUCCAGCUGCGGCAGCAGUCUUUGUUCUCCGAGGAUGAAGACUACACUACGGGGUCAGAAGUCACAGAGGACGAAGUCGGGGAUGAAGAUGACACAUCAAAGAAACAAGCUGUAAAAAAGCCUAGAAAACCAGGCAAGCCUUUGAAAAGGCAAGUGUCCUCGCCAAGUAUACUGCACAAAGAGCGAGCUGGAGGAGAUAAGAGCACCUCGAAGGACUCCACCCCAUUUACAGUGAGCAUGCAGAAGAGUAAAUGGGACAGCAAUCGCUCUAUGAGGUUUAACCAGGAUGCCCAGAGGGAGGAAGACCAAAGGAGAAUGGUGGAGAUUAUUGACCACCUCACCAAGAUGCGCUUCUGUGAUUUGGAACAGAGCAAGUCGAAAGACACUAAGGAGUUUGCAGGAGGUAUCUACUCCAGGUUGGAGGCACAGUUUAAGAGCUCCACUCAGCUGAGUAACAGACAGAGCACCACAGACAAAACACUGCGGGCAAAGACACGCUCUGGACAGCCUAGACCAACGUGAAAGAAAUAAUCAGGGAAACAGAUGUUCUGACAAGAAUGAAAGAAGAGACUUUUUGAAGAGUGUUAAAAAAAAAAAAACGUCCUUUCAAUCGUCCCUCUUAUUCAGCCUACAGCCAUCCUUCUAUCCAUCCCUUUUCAGACAGUCGAGAGGUCUGCAAUAUCAUAACAGAGGCCAGUAAAAUCAUUCCCUGCAGCAGAACUUGAUUAAAAUGCACUGGAAAUGAAUAGCAAUGCAGAUGCUUGUAAAAUCUUUGCCCUCUCAUUUACAUAUUGUGCUGCUAGCUUUAUUCUUCUCCUCUAGCCUUUAUUUUGGCACUCAUAAUUCAUGUCUGUUUCAUUCUGUAACCUGUUAUAUACAGUGUGCUGAUGUUCAUGUUCCUCAUGUCUAAUCUCAGGUGAACAGACCCCUCCAACCCUGCUAUAGUAACCUGCACUUUAACUAUCAUAAACGACCACAACUACACAAUAGCUGCAGAUCCUCUCCAAUAAAAAAUGGAAGAUGAGGACAGAUAUGGAUCGGAUUGGCUGUCGUUGAUUUAAUUGAAGUUCAGUGUCCCUAAAACGCAGCUGACUGAAGAUUAUUUAUUUGGAGAAAAGGACGAUGGUAAUCAGUUGCUGUGGAGUUAUGUGUCUGGUGUGAGCAGAACAGCAGCCGUUUUCCCAGCCAAGUGCUGCAGUUGCUUUCCACUGAUUGCACAAGCUUACAGUAAUGACAACAGUGUGUAGACAUGAUGGCAGGAUGUUUCACCGGCAUCCGUGUUCAUUCUCUUUCCCUAAAGACCAUCUCUUAUCACUAAUACAUGCCUACGCUGAAGAUUGUUAAUCCACUAAAAAUAAAACUGACAGUUAUAGGAACAUAAUCAACGUCAGCGUGUUAUAGCAUGUCCCCAAUUUUGCGUGAUUACAUUUUUAACAAUAUGGUAGCUCAAGUGGUUAUGGCUCUGGGUCAUUGACCAGAAGAUCAUGGGUUAAAGCCCCAGCACCGCCAAGCUGCCACCGUUGGGCCCUUGAGCAAGGCCCCAACCCACCCUGCUCCAGGGGUAUAGCAUCAUGGCUGACCCUGUACUCUGACCCCAACCUCCAAGGAUGGGAUAUGCAAAGAAAGAAUUUCACUGUGCAGAAAUUUAUAUCUGACAAAUAAAGACAACUUAAUACUAUUAAUAGUUUAUAGAUAGAGUUAAUGCUGUGGAACAUCUGCAAGACUUUGUUCCUGUUAACACUUUCAUUAUAGCAGCUAUAAACAGUCGUUCUGUUCUCUCUCUCUCUCUCUCUCUUUUGCUAAGCUAAUUACUCAAAAAAGCUAUUCAUGUUACCAAAAAAAGGAAAGCACACACUGUCCCCACGUACGUAUUACUAAGUUCUGACACUGAAGACUCCUUCAACACUACAUAAACAUCUAACAGAAAACACUCCAAAAAACUAUUUUUAUAGUUUAUUAUAGACUUAGUGGUUUUUGUGGUUUGUUACUAUGAUAAUAACAAUAAUAAUAUAUUCACUCUUUAACACAUCACCAAUUGGCUGUACUUCUAAUUUAUGUUUUGGCUGUACUUCUGAUUGCCUGGCAUUGUUGGAUAUACUGGUUGAUGAUUGGUUGUUUCGAGGCACUCACUCAGACCGGUUAGUAUUUGGCUCGGUAUUCGCUUCAGUCUGGACAGAUUACAGCACUGUGGCUCCUGGGAAUUCUGAGCACUAAUGAUCAUGCAUUAAUAUCCUCUGAGAUGACAGGAACCUCUGUGAUCCUCUUUGUUUCUCAUCAGUCAUGCAGAGCACUUGGGCUCUUUCUUUGCUGCAGACUUCAUUUCUCCAUCUCAUAUAAAACAAGAAGCCACAGCACAGAAGAAGCAGAAUGUAGGCUAGUAGUGAUGGGAAUACCAGAUCUUUUCAGUGAAUCAACUGAAGAGCUGACUCUUUUGACUCCCGAAUGAUUUACCAGACAGAUUAGUUGGUUUGGUGAAACCCUUUUCUAUCUUGUGCUUAUGAAACAGUGUUCUAGUCUAUUUUGCAUUGCUUUAGUGGGUGGAACUGGCUGUAAAUAAUUACAGUGUGCAAAACCACUCAGAUUUUGAAGCUUCAUUCAAAUGAGCUGACAGAGUCGACUCAUUCAUAAAUGACACAUCCACUGUAGUCUUAAAACAAGGAGACAAUACCAGCUAUUUCCUGCCUGCUUAUGGUCUGAGGAUAUUGCUAUUUUGGAAUACAGUUGAGCAGUGACAAGUUUUCUUGUUCUGGAUCUCUGACCAGAAAUUAUUUAUUUAUUUAUUUAUUUUUUAAAUAUUAGACACAUUCUAUAUAGCAAAAGUUCUCAAAAGGUGGUCCAGGAAUCUGAUGUAUAGCCAAGAGGUCUGAAAUUACAAAAAGUGGGAACAGUGUAAGACCAAGUCAAUUACAUUUCAGGAAUAAAGUUGUGUUUGUUUUUUGGGCAGUACAUAUACACUGACCAUGCAUAACAUUAUGACCACCUACCUAAUAUUGUGUUGGUCCCCCUUUUGCUGCCAAAACAGCCCUGACCCGUCCUGCACUGUGUAUUCUGACACCUUUCUAUCAGAACCAGCUUUAACUUCUUCAGGAAUUUGAGCAACAGUAGCUCGUCUGUUGGAUCGGAUCACUCCCCAUGUGCAUUAAUGAGCCUUGGCUGCCCAUGACCCUGUCGCUAGUUCACUACUUUUCCUUCCUUGGACCACUUUUGUUAGAUACUGACCACUGCAGACCGGGAACACCCCACAAAAGUUUUGGAGAUGCUCUGAUCCAGUGGUCUAGCCAUCACAAUUUGGCCCUGGUCAAACUUGCUCAAAUCCUUAUGCUUGUCCAUUUUUCCUGCUUCUAACACAUCAACUUUGAGGACAAAAUGUCACUUGUUACCUAAUAUAUCCCACCCACUAACAGGUGCCAUGAUGAGGAGAUCAUCAGUGUUAUUCACUUCAUCUGUCGUGCUCAGAAGGUUAUGCUUGAUCAGUGUAUAAUUCAUAUAGAGACAGAGACAUUAUAUUUCUAAAAUAAACCCCUGCAAAUCUAUUUGAAUGCUUCAACUACCAGACAGCCUUUAGUCAUGCAUCCACUAUAUUAAUUGACCUUUAUUUACAAAUUUUUCACAUGAGCCUGGAGGAGGCGUGUUGAAUCGACACUUUGCUUCAGCAGGACAAAAAAACGUGGCUGUGGUUUUUUUUUUUUUGUCCUAAGACAAAGAGCAGUGUACACACACGAGCGCAAAGAUGGACAGUAGUGGCAUUCUCAGCGUGGGAGGUCAAAGGACAUAUCCGGAUCAUUCGCUGCCCCUUUGUUCAUUGUGCCUGCUGAUGAAAGCUUCUCUCUUGCUGUGGUUUUGAGUGAUAAACAACUCUGGGUGUAAAUAACACAAAACACUAUCAGUCUUUCCAUAUUGUAUAGAAAAACAUUUUCAUCUUUUACUAUCUCAGCUAUGAUUUGCUCAGACUGAAAUGUUCACUUGGAUAUUCGAACAUUUUUUAAACCAUGAACCAUGCCUUAUAGAUUGUAAAUAAUGUGUUUACCUUUUAAAGAUAUGAUUCAUGCAAGAAGAAAAACAACAACAUAUAAAGUUCAAUA